GAUACCUUAGCUAUCGACCGCCAUCCUCGAUUCUAAUCCCCGACCCUCAAUCCCCUCAAACUCAAAUCAACAACCACACCUCUUCAUCAUGGCAGAAACCAAAUACUCUAACCGCAGCAUCCCCAAGAUCUCACUCCGCGACUUCUCCUCGCGCAUCGACACCAUCACCGCCGAGCUCGUCGCCGCCGCCGAAGCCGACGGCUUCUUCGCGCUCGUCGACCACGGGAUCCCGGAGUCGGUGAUCGCGGCGCAGUUCGCGACGGCGGAGCGGUUCUUCGCGCUGCCCGACGGCGUCAAGGCGACCGUGCCCUUCACGCACCGCAACACGGGGUGGGAGAAGGCGGCGCAGGUGCGGCCGAGCACCGGCGCCGCCGACCAGAAGGAGAGCUACCAGAUGCAGUAUGGCGCGGCGGCGAUGGCCGGGGCCUGGCUCCCGGACGCGGCGCUCCCGGGGUUCCGCGACGACUGCCUCGCCUUCAUGCGCCGCGCCCAGGACGUCUCCGAGAAGCUCAUGGUCUGCUUCGCGCGGGGGCUCGGCUUCGACGACGGCUUCUUCGUCCGUGCGCACGACGUGUCCCGCCCCACCGCCCAGACCGUGCUCCGGCUCCUCCACUACUUCGCGCUCGACCCGGCGGCCCCGACUCCGGACGGGUACUACCGCGCCGGCGCGCACGCCGACUGGGACUUCGUCACCUUACUGUUCCAGCGCCCCGGACAAAGCGGAUUAGAGAUUUGUCCCGGCCGGCAAGCUUUCACUCAGUUUGCGCUCGGCGACACGUGGACCAAAGUCGACCCCGCUCCCGGCGAGAUCGUGUGUAACAUUGGCGACCUCCUCAUGAGCUGGAGCGACGACCGCUUCAAGUCGACCUUCCACCGCGUCAAGACGCCGACGGACCCGGCCACCGACUACUACGGCCCGCGCUACAGCAUGGCGUACUUCAACCAGCCCAACACGGACUGCGUGAUCCAGGGCCCGCUGAAGAAGUACCCGGUCGUGACCGGCACCCAGUUCACCCAGGCGGCCAUGAAGCGCAAUUACGACGCCCUGGAGGCGACGAAGAAGAAGAAUGCGCUGGUGGAUGAGGCCGCGCGUGGGGAGGGAGACUUGGUUGCUGCUGCUUCGUGAUGGGUUCUGGCUAUGUUGGUUCUUGCAUGGGUUAGUUUAUACAUCUGCAAUAUAUUUCAAUGAUAUACCCCAAAGAACUGCCUCCGUCCAUCUGAUUCCACGCAUGCUCACCUGCCUAGAUAAGCAUCAUCUGUUAAUCUGC